GAGACCAUGAGUGGAUCCGAAAGCGGAAGUGAGAGUGGAUCGGGAUCCGGCAGUGAAGAAGAGGAGGAGGAAGAGAGUGAAGACCAGUCGGAAGAGGAGGAGGAGGAGCAGGAGCAGGAGAAGAAAAAGAAGAAGAAGGGGGAAGCUUCCCGGAAAGGUCGGCUGGAGAGCGUGGGCAGCUUUCCAGCAGGAAACCACCUCCGAAAGCACCCAAGAAAGGAUCAAAGGAGAUCUCUCUGCUUGAUCUGGAUGACUUCACGCCCCCAUCUUUGCAGCCGAUCACCAGCAGCCCAGUUCUCUCCACUAGCCUCGUGACCGACCUGGAAGGACUUACCUUGAAUGAUACUUCUCUAACCACAGCAAUGAUCAGUCCUGUCUUUGGGGCAGUGAAGAAAUACGAGCUGCUGCACCGCAUGACCGGGGAAGGCCUCUCGGUGGAGUACUAUUUCAGCCGGCAACCUUUUGCUCCUGACCCCCGCAUGGUAGCGGUGCAGAUCCAGAUCUACAAUAACAUGGCAACUGAAAUGAAAAACAUCCGUGUGGCUGAGCCCAAACUUCUCUCCGGCAUGCGCAUCCAGGAGUUCAAGGAGAUUGAGUCUCUGGCUCCUGGGGAAACGGUCAACGUGGUGAUGGGCAUAGACUUCUGUGACUCUACCCAGGUGGCCAGUUUCCAAUUGUGGUGAGUACUUGCUGUGGUUCGUUGUGCUUUUCCCCAACUUCCUACACAACGGACAGAACGGGAUUGAAGAACCCAAGGAUGAGUCCUGCUGCAAGAGAUCAAUAACUUAUCUAGUCCUACUUUCUGUUUCGGGUAGAUGCCAACUGGAAGUUUGUAAGGGGAGGGGAAAGGUGACUGCUUUCUAGGGCUGCCCUCCAUCGAUUUAUUCUCAUUCUGGAGGUAGCAACCAAAUCAUCAGACUGCAAGUCUGUAGAGUCCAUUGAAGGUCAGUGGUUGGUCCAUUGAAGGCAUCCACGAGGAUUUGUCUAGCCCAGGGAUUGGCAACCUUAAAACACUCCAAGAGCCACAAAGGUCCUAACCAGAAGCCCCACCCCCGCCAUUCAAUUCUGGAACCGACCGGAAGUCUCGUUCCC